GACUGGGGCUCAGGAACGGGGAUUUCUUUAAAUUGAAUUUGCUCAGGGCCGCCGUGAUUGUGAAGCACAGCACCGAUCUGUUGUUUUGGGACCUCUUUUAGUGAAGGGAUAGCAUUUGAGCUAAAGGCCCUUGUCAUUAAAGAGUCCCUCGUUUCAUGAUGCAAACUGUUGGAUGGACCCUUGUUAUAACUUCGAACAAGAAUUAUACUCGCCAGAGAGCGGUUGGAAAGCGACUGCUUAAUAGGUGUAGAGCAAAGGGCAUUUGAGGCAAGGGGCAAGGCCUUUUGAACAGAUCGUAAGUAUCGAAGCAUAUUACUUGCUCGACUUAAUUUUUCCAAGUUUUUCUCAAUUAAAGAUAUAACUUUGAGUGAAACAACUAAAAAAUGAAAAAAUGAAGCAUCAAAAAUGUCAACUCAGCAGCUACUAUUUUAUUUUAAGAUUUUAGGUAGCUCGUGAAAGUUCUGUGUAAUUUCCCAGAGGACUCAAAACAUAUAUUUUAUAGCAAGUCUAUAUGACAUGAUUCCAAUUCCAGCUUAAGUAAUGGCUAAAACAAAGAAAAGCAUGUAGUGUUUCUUCAAUGUCUUUUCCUUCGAUUUAUAAAAGAAUGAAAUAGGAAUGGAAGUUAUUUUUCCAAAAAAAACAAUCCGUUGAAUUUUGAUCUGUUUCCCAUUUCUCAAUGCGAUUAUCUUUUCCUAAGAAAAAUAGAGGCCUACCAUCGUUUUAUAACAAUUGAGAAAAGUUUUCAUUGUAUGUUAUUUUCCCUAUGCCAUCUUGUUCUCGUUCGCAAUUUUGAAAAAGGCUUUUCCUUCAAAAGGUUCUAUGAAACAACGUGAAGAAAAGAAAUCUUUAGCAGCCAUUACAAAAUCGAUAAUUAAGUGAAAACCAUUCUUUUUAUUUUCAAAUUUGAAUGAACUCCACAAAAGGCUCUUUUGUUUUUUGUUCGGGAUCGUCUUAUCGUGAAACAACAUUUUCUUAAGCUUCAUCAACAAAAAUUGCUGUAGUAUUGACCCAAACGUUCAUGUUCGCUUUUCUGGUUUUUGAAUUGAAUACUCAGAGAAAGAAAAAAGACGGUGAACACCGUGAGUUUUGGGCUUUUCUUGAGAGGAAAUGAGAAUGAAGAACUCGCUACAGACAAUGAAGACAUUCCACCUUCACGCUGCAUGUUGAACUUUUCUUGAUCAUUUAUACUUAUUUAUCAUUUCAAUUUCCACUUCCAUCGACUGUUUUCUUUUGUUUAUUACUUACUCUUACAAUGAUUUCCUGGUAACAAUGUCCUCUCGUUCAAGUCACUGCUACAUAACCAAGUAAACACUACAAAGACAACUCUUUCCAUUCAAAUAGCCUUUUUUGUGUGUUUUUUGUUUUAAAAAUCCUUUUGAAAUUUCUGUUUAGAAUGAAAUACUAGAAAUUUUUGUAACUCUGACUUUCGCAGUGACUGUAUCGUGCAAGCGUUUCCUUUGAACUUUUUUCUUCUUGAUAUUGAUAUUUUGCUAAAGCAUCCUUUUUUUUUCUAAACAAAAUAUAACAACCAGAGGAUAGCUGUCUCAUCCCGCCUUGUUUUCUCCCAGCAUUCAUUUCAAAUCGCGGCCUUUAAAAACAGAUGUUGAAUUCUCAAAAAAUGGAACACGGAAAAAUGUUUGAUCAAAUAUUAAAGCUCUCACAUGAAAAGAUUUCUGUCCCCGAACUGAUUACCCUGUUAGACAUUCAUUACAACGACAUGUUCCAUGUAAAUCCAUGGAUGAAAAAGGAAAUAAAAAAACUAGCCUAUGAAUUUGUGAAAAAUGACCCAAAUCAGCAGCUUUCAAAACAUGAUGCUUGCGAUCUUGUAGAGGCGUUUAUUAAUGUGCCCGUAACAUCGCUUGAGAGACAGUCGAUUUCAUCGAGUUUUCCUUUGUAUUCCACAAGUGUCGAAGAUAUAUCUUCUGAUUUUUCUGCAGAUUCCAGCCUCUUACCUCAGUCUGUUACAUUGUCCUAUAGUUUAUCUCGAUCCGCGACUCCUGAACAUCUUUCUGAUGAUUCAUUUGUCGCAGCAUUCCAGAAAACUCGGUCUCAUUUUGCAUAUUCAGACUCCCUACUAGAAUCGACUUUCUCAAAUAUCCAAAAUUGUAUUGCAUCCAUCCAAAACGUCAAGAAAGAGGAUGUUUCAUCUCAACUCGUCGAGCUUCAUGUGGGACCGGAAACUUCACUUCCGUCCUCAACAACUCUUCCUUCUUCUUCCAAAAAAGCAGUUCCGGAACCUAAAAGGUCUAAACCCUCGCAACAAGCUAAAAAUUAUUACCCGAUUUCCAACGUUUGGGAACUUCUUAAUUCGUCCUACUAUAUAAAGGCCUGCAUAGCCCUUCUGAUUUCCAUCAUUCUCUUUUUCGUCCUCCAUACUUCGUCUAAAUCUAAUCCUUCUAAAACUCGUCCCUCAUAACCAAACAUGUUUAAAAAAUUAUUUAUUAUUAGUUUAGGAAAUUCAUUUCAUCGUUUGUAAUCUUC